AUGGAAGCUGUCUAUAAAUCUUCUGGUAACCGGAGCCUGCAGUUUCUUGUCUUCCGCUAUCCACAGCCUUAUUGUCUCCAUCAUUGCUGCUCCAGAGCUUUGAUCUCACUAUAUCAAGUGUUGUAUUUUGUCCAUAGGAUCAAACAAAACCAGACUGUUGGGGUGAGCUUCAUCCUCUUGGGCUUCUCAGAAUAUCCGGACCUCCAAGUACCACUCUUCCUGGUUUUCCUCACCAUCUACACCAUCACUGUGCUGGGCAACCUGGGCAUGAUCCUCAUCAUCAGACUCAAUCCCAAGCUCCACACCCCCAUGUACUUUUUCCUCAGUCACUUGUCCUUUGUGGAUUUCUGCUACUCUUCUGUUGUCACCCCCAAGCUCCUGGAGAACCUGAUUGUGGAGGACAGAAGCAUCUCCUUUGCAGGCUGUGUCAGCCAGUUCUUCUUUGCAUGUAUCUGUGUAGUAACAGAGACCUUCAUGCUGGCAGCCAUGGCUUAUGAUCGAUUUGUGGCUGUUUGCAACCCUCUCCUCUAUACAGUUGCCAUGUCCCCGAAGUUGUGUUCCUUGUUGGUGGCUGCAUCCUACUCUUGGGGUCUGGUGUGUUCCUUCAUAUUUGUGUAUUUUUUAUUGACAUUGUACUUCUGUGGGACAAAGUUUAUAAACAACUUUGUGUGUGAGCAUUCUGCCAUUGCUGCUGUGUCCUGCUCUGACCCCUCCCUUAGUCACAUGAUCCUUUUGUCCUUUGCCACAUUCAAUGAAAUCAGCAGUCUGGUGAUCAUUUUCACCUCCUAUGUGUUCAUUUUCGUCACGGUGAUGAGAAUGCCCUCCACCGGGGGGCGCUACAAAGCAUUCUCCACAUGUGCUUCCCACCUCACCGCCAUUGCCAUUUUCCAUGGCACAAUUCUUUUCCUCUACUGUGUUCCUACCACCAAAAGCUCAUGGCUGAUGGUCAAGAUCGCCUCUGUCUUUUACACCGUGGUCAUCCCCAUGCUGAAUCCACUGAUUUACAGUCUCAGGAACAAAGAUGUGAAGGAGACAGUCAGGAAGCUCAUCACUGCCCAAUUAAGAGGUUAUACAAGUUGA